AUGGGCUUCAGCCUGCAUGCCAACAAUAGCAAUGAUCCGCCUGAGGUGCGGAACUGGCGGAUUCAUCUCAUCACGGUUAUUGUGAGCAUGGGUGCUAUUGCGAUGGGCUACGACACCAGCGUGAUUGGCGGGACCAUGGCCUUGGAUUCGUUCCGUCGGGACUUUGGCCUGGUGUCUGCUUCAGAGACUGCGACUGAUACUCUUGAGGGCAACAUCGUGUCGACUUUCCAGGCAGGAUGCUUCUUUGGCUCGCUUCUUACAUUCCCGCUUGGGGAGAGAUUUGGGCGACGGAAUGCAAUUAUCAUGGCUGUUUGUGUCUUUUGUGUGGGUGGGAGUCUGAUGACUGCAUCUUCAGGCCAUCUCGGUUUGAUAUAUGCUGGCCGCGCCGUUGCAGGGUUCGGCAUCGGGGCUGUAUCACUCCAGGUCCCGGUUUACAUAGCUGAGAUGUCGCCAGCUUCUAUACGCGGUCGACUUGUUGGAAUCUUCGAAAUCUGCUCUCAGGGUGGCGGCAUGCUUGGGUUUUGGAUCAACUACGCCAUCAACCGUACUGUAUCCUCUGAACGGAUGGCUCAGUGGCAGAUUCCUCUGGGCAUACAGCUUCUCCCAGGGGGGUUACUCUUAGCUGGAAUCUUCCUUUGCCCUGAGAGCCCCCGGUGGUAUGCAAAGAAAGACCGCUGGGAUGAGGCAGAGCGAAGCCUAGUCUGGGCUCGUACCCUGCCUGCUGAACACCCCUUUAUUCAAGGAGAACUCCAACAAAUCCGCGAUCAGCUCCAAAAUGACAUGAUACCGCAGGAAAGCAAGUACGACCCGUGGUACUACAUGCACCGGUUAUGGCAAAGAGGGACUCGGAACAGGAUCGGCAUUGGCCUCUUGCUCAUGGCAUUCCAGAACCUGACGGGAGUGAAUAUCAUUACAUACUACUCGCCCCGAAUAUUUGAAACCCUCGGUAUCAAUUCAACAGACACCAAGCUCUUCGCGACAGGGUUCUACGGGAUCGCAAAGACCCUCGGCAUGACCAUCUUCAGCGUCUGGCUAGUUGAAAAAGUCGGCCGACGCAGCGGUCUCAUCUGGGGUGCUUUCAUAGGCAGUCUUCCCAUGUGGUACAUCGGUGGCUACGUCUUCGAGCGAGAUCCUACACGGACUGCAUCACGCGGCGACACCGUGCAGGACGCCUGGGGGUACAUCGCCAUGGCCUGCGUCUAUCUUUACGGCCUCAUAUACUGCGCUACUUGGCAGGGAAUAACCUGGGUCGUAUGCUCCGAGAUCUUCCCCAUCGACAUCCGCAUGCUCUGCGUCGCAAUCACAACAGCAGACCAGUGGCUCUGGUCGUUCGUCAUCAGCCGCACAACGCCGUAUAUGAUUACCUCUCUCGGAUACGGCACGUACUUCUUCUUCGCAUCGUUGAUGAUCGCCAUGGGGUUCUGGUCGUGGUUCUUUAUUCCGGAGACGAAGGGCAAGACGCUCGAGGAAAUGGAUGCGCUGUUUGGGGCGCCCAGCUCGGUUAGGGCGGGAAUUGGCGAGGUUGGGAUGGAUGACGUGAAGAGGGAGACUGUUCAUGCUGAGAAGGUUUGA